AACGUUACCUUUUAUGGACAACGCACGGGGCGCACGAGACGCAGAUAAAACCGGCGCGCGUUGUGUGGUGAUGCUGCAUUUACCGAGCUCAGCUGGGGCAGAGGACACCUGAAGACCCGACCGACCGACAGACAGACACACACCUAAGACUUACCUGCUCAGUCAUGCAAGAAGACGACGUCGCCGCCCUCGUCAUCGACAAUGGCUCCGGCAUGUGCAAAGCUGGCUUCGCCGGGGACGACGCCCCCCGAGCCGUGUUCCCCUCCAUCGUGGGUCGCCCCAGACACCAGGGAGUGAUGGUGGGGAUGGGACAGAAGGACAGCUACGUGGGAGACGAGGCCCAGAGCAAGAGAGGCAUCCUGACCCUGAAGUACCCCAUCGAGCACGGCAUCGUCACCAACUGGGACGACAUGGAGAAGAUCUGGCACCACACGUUCUACAACGAGCUCCGAGUCGCCCCCGAGGAGCACCCGGUGCUGCUGACCGAGGCGCCGCUCAACCCCAAGGCCAACAGGGAGAAGAUGACGCAGAUCAUGUUUGAGACGUUCAACACUCCAGCCAUGUACGUGGCCAUUCAGGCCGUCCUGUCCCUUUACGCCUCCGGUCGUACCACAGGUAUCGUGAUGGACUCCGGCGACGGCGUGAGUCACACCGUGCCCAUCUACGAGGGCUACGCUCUGCCUCACGCCAUCCUGCGUCUGGACCUGGCCGGCAGAGACCUGACCGACUACCUGAUGAAGAUCCUCACGGAGAGGGGCUACAGCUUCACCACCACUGCCGAGCGUGAGAUCGUGAGGGACAUCAAGGAGAAGCUGGCCUACGUGGCUCUGGACUUCGAGCAGGAGAUGCAAACGGCCGCCUCCUCCUCCUCCCUGGAGAAGAGCUACGAGCUGCCUGACGGACAGGUCAUCACCAUCGGCAACGAGCGGUUCCGCUGCCCCGAGGCGCUGUUCCAGCCGUCCUUCCUCGGAAUGGAGUCUGCUGGCAUUCAUGAGACCACUUAUAACAGCAUCAUGAAGUGCGACGUGGACAUCCGUAAGGACCUGUACUCCAACACUGUGCUGUCGGGCGGAACCACCAUGUACCCUGGCAUCGCCGACCGCAUGCAGAAGGAGAUCACUGCUCUGGCGCCACCCACCAUGAAAAUCAAGAUCAUUGCUCCCCCUGAGAGGAAGUACUCCGUCUGGAUCGGUGGCUCCAUCCUGGCCUCCCUCUCCACCUUCCAGCAGAUGUGGAUCAGCAAACAGGAGUACGAUGAGUCCGGCCCAGCCAUCGUCCACCGCAAGUGCUUCUAAAGGCUCGUCCUGCUCUGCAGAGAAGCUUGAUGCUGUGUCGUCUGUUCGUCCUGUGAACACAAACAAGUCCACGCCUUUUACAUUUGUUACAGCUGGGCAGACUUUCCACCUGCUGGACUUUCAAACAUUUCUGAACGUUAGUCUAACUGUGCUCGGCUUUUCGCUCCUGGUGAUAAACUACUGAUCAGUGAAUAUGGUUAUGUCUGUGUCCCUCGUAACAACCGGGUGCAAUAAAUCACGUGCACGUCACUACCCAGCCUUUGUCAUUUGUCAGCUGAGCUGUAUCUGUGCUCUUCAGGAGUGUUUAUAGUUGUCAAUAAAAUGCACCAUUUGUUUACA